GUGACGGUAAUAUAAAAGGUUUUAAAUUUUUUUUCCUAUAUAUAAUAUGUAGAAUGUAUUUUUAGUUCUCAAUCCAAAGGCAGGUCUGAACUCUGAAGAGAACAAUUCACUGAAAAGAAAAGCCCUAAUUAGGAAAAGAAAUUUAGCAAUCAAAGAGGAGAAGAAGAGAUGUCAGAGAAGUUCUCGCCGACGUUGAGGAUUGGAGAUCUCAGCGAUUUCAUAGCACCGUCUCAGGCUUGUGUUGUUUCUUUAAAGGGAUUGAAAUCAACCACUAAGAAACCUGAUAAAUCCCAAGUUUCAAUUGCUAAGCAGCAGCAAACUGAACCUGUUAAAAUCUCUCUCAAGGACUGUUUGGCAUGCAGUGGAUGCAUAACAUCAGCAGAGACCAUUAUGCUAGAGAAGCAAAGUUUAGAUGAAUUCCUUUCUAAUAUUGAUAAAGGAAAAGUGGUUAUUGUCUCUGUGUCUCCACAAUCCAGAGCUUCUCUCGCAGUUCAUUUUGGCAUCUCCCUGCUUCAGGUUUUUAAGAAACUCACUUCAUUUUUUAAGUCUUUGGGUGUAAAGGCUGUAUUUGAUACAAGUUGCAGUAGAGAUUUAACUCUUGUGGAAACUUGUAAUGAGUUCAUUAUGCGCUACAAGCAAAACCAAUCAAAAGAUGAUGAUAGAUCUAAAUCAGCGCUACCUAUGCUUUCAUCAGCGUGUCCAGGUUGGAUAUGUUAUGCUGAAAAACAAUUAGGAUCCUAUAUUCUGCCUUAUAUAUCUUCUGUGAAGAGCCCUCAACAAACAAUUGGAGCUACCAUUAAGCAUCACAUAUGUCAAAAGAUGGGUCUUAGGCCGGACGAGGUUUACCAUGUGACUGUGAUGCCUUGUUAUGAUAAGAAGCUUGAGGCUGCAAGGGAUGACUUUGUUUUUGAAGUGGAAUCCCAGGAAGAAACUAAUGAGAGUGGCAUCAGGAUUACAGAGGUAGAUUCUGUUUUAACAUCCGGAGAAGUUAUAGAUUUAAUAAAGUUGAAAGAGGUAGAUUUUGCAGCCUUAGAAGACCCUCUACUAGAUAGAAUGUUGACAAAUGUUAAUGAAGAGGGGCAUCUUUAUGGAGUAACUGGAAGCUCUGGUGGUUAUGCAGAAACAGUGUUUCGAAAUGCUGCUAAAACACUUUUUGGAAAAGAAAUCAAAGGUCCUUUGGCAUUCAAAACGAUAAGAAAUACAGAUUUCCGUGAACUGACUCUGGAAGUAGAUGGACAAGUUGUGUUGAAAUUUGCACUUUGUUAUGGCUUCCAGAAUCUGCAAAAUAUUGUAAGAAAAGUUAAAAUGCGAAAAUGUGAUUAUCAUUUUGUGGAGGUUAUGGCAUGUCCAUCAGGUUGCUUGAAUGGUGGAGGUCAAAUCAAACCUACUCCAGGGCAAAAUCCAAAGGAUUUGCUUCAGUCAUUAGAAACUGUUUACAUGGAAAAUGUUUUGGUAGCAGAUCCCUUUGAGAACCCUCUUGUUAAAAGUUUAUAUGAUGAGUGGCUUGAAGAACCUGGCUCGGAGAACGCUAAAAGAUUCAUGCACACAGCAUAUCAUCCUAUAGUAAAAAGUGUAACUGCUCAGUUACAUAAUUGGUAAACUGGUCCCUAUUCUGAUUCCACAGAAAAUAUCAGAACUGCCCUUGCCUGCAAUCUUUGGGCUUGUUUUCGUCAAGGUAUUGUUGCAGUCUCACAAGAUAAUGUCCUUCAUCUGUGGUUCAUGGCUUGUUUAUGGGAUUGCAUUGUGCAGUGGAGUUCAAUUUUGGUAGACUAAACAGAUUUGUUAUUGUACCAUGUUCUACUAAUGUAUAUGCUGUAUGCUAGAAGCCUUUUCAGAUAGGAGAAAAAAAUUGGUUGACAUUGUUUCCUGUCACUAUUUUUUCCCCCUUUCCUUCCAGGUUUAAGGAUCCAAAUAAUAUUCCGAAUUCAUGUACAUGCCUUUUUGUCUCAUUUUUGUAUAAUUGAACUGGUCUUCAGGAAUAGCGACCACCUGUUAGUGAAACGAAAUAAUGUUAAUGCCUCAAAUGCCUAAUGAAUGAAUCAAUCAGAAUUUCGAAA